GACUGCGGACACAGUACAGGGGAUGACCAGAGACUGCGGACACAGUACAGGGGAUGACCAGAGACUGCGGACACAGUACAGGGGAUGACCAGAGACUGCGGACACAGUACAGGGAAUGACCAAGAGACUGCAGACAGUAUAGGGAAUGACCAAGAGACUGCAGACAGUAUAGGGAAUGACCAAGAGACUGCAGACAGUAUAGGGAAUGACCAAGAGACUGCAGACAGUACAGGGGAUGACCAAGAUACUGCGGACCUUUGGGGAGGGAGGGGGAUGUGGGCACUGCGCUUUAAGAAUGGUCCAGCAUCUUUUGGGACACAUGAC